UAUGACAAAAAGUAUUUAAGGAACACGCAAUCUUUUUACUAAAAAAAAUUGAUGUGUACGCUUUUUAAGCUGUGAUAAUCAUUUUUCAAUUUAGAAAUAAUUUGUAUACUUUACCUUAAGGUGCCGUUUACUUCUGCAUAAUAAAAAUAAAUUGUGUUGUGUUUAUCAGCGUGAAUUAGAAAUACCAAAAGCGUGGUAUGAAAAAAAUCUAAACAGUGCUUUUACAAGUGUCAGAUAACCAUUAGGUUGGGCGAUCAAUAAAAAUUUACCAAAACUGUUAAUAUUAUGGAAAAUUCCCUUAAAUUUGUCAGUUUUUUAGUUCAAGCUGUGCAAAACCUUAAAACGAGGUUAAAAAAUACAAAUUUUAUUUGGAGAGCAUGCUGGAUGCUUGGCUCGGUAACGAUGAAAAGUGCAAAUCUCGCAUCUCUAAUCAUAAUUAUCCUUUUUGCUAAUGGUAUCAAGGGAACUGCGGUGAAUUUACUGCCUGAGUCGUCGAUACAAAAUGCAGCAAGUGCACGUACACGGAUGACGACUGCGAAUUCAUUUCGAAUAGUAGGUAUUCGAUUGGAGGCAGACGCGAUAGAGACAAAUAACGGAAUACCAAGUGUAUUGAUUGAUAAGGAACAAACUUUUCGAGUUUUCGGUAGCGGAUUAAAAAAAAAUACAGAAAUAACGUUUACCAAUGAAAAAAAUGAUUAUGGUGGUCCAUGUCUUAAACCAGCUACUGACCUGUUCACCCCGAUAGAAGUCGACAGCGAUGGGUUUUCAGCAAUUUACUCCGUAAAAUUUCCGUCAUUUAUUAAUGAAUUUUAUAUAUGUGCCAAAACUGCUGAAGACGCAACAAAUAAAAGCAAAGCUGCAACUACGACACCUUUGGAGCAUCAGGGAAAUUCCGACUGUUUAAAAAUAAAAACACAUGAACCAUUACUACCAGUGUGGCUGGCCAUAAUUAUCAUUGUAACUUGCUUAUGUUUCUCGGCAUUGUUCUCUGGGCUCAAUUUGGGUUUAAUGUCAAUGGACCGCACAGAAUUAAAGAUACUGCGGAACACAGGCACGGAAAGAGAAAAAAAAUAUGCGUCAAAAAUAGCACCUGUUCGAGAUCAAGGUAAUUAUUUAUUGUGCAGUAUUCUCUUGGGUAAUGUGUUGGUUAACUCAACCUUUACCAUUCUGCUGGAUGGUUUAACUUCGGGCCUGUUUGCUGUUAUAUUUUCCACAUUGGCCAUCGUGCUCUUUGGUGAAAUUACUCCACAGGCAGUAUGUUCAAGGCAUGGGUUGGCCAUUGGAGCCAAAACUAUCUUAAUAACGAAAACGGUAAUGGCCAUAACAGCACCACUCUCGUAUCCAGUUUCGCGUAUUCUGGAUAAAUUGUUAGGGGAAGAAAUUGGUAAUGUUUACAACCGGGAACGCUUGAAGGAGCUUGUUCGAGUUACUAACGAUGUAAACGAUCUGGAUAAAAAUGAGGUUAACAUCAUUUCAGGAGCUCUAGAAUUACGUAAAAAAACAGUAGCAGACGUGAUGACUCAUAUAAAUGAUGCUUUUAUGCUCUCACUAGAUGCAUUACUUGACUUCGAAACAGUGUCUGAAAUUAUGAAUUCUGGCUAUUCUCGUAUUCCGGUAUACGAUGGUGAUAGGAAAAACAUUGUUACAUUGCUUUAUAUUAAGGAUUUGGCUUUUGUUGAUACCGAUGAUAACACGCCAUUGAAAACGCUAUGCGAGUUUUACCAAAACCCGGUUCACUUCGUUUUUGAAGAUUAUACCUUAGAUAUUAUGUUUAAUCAAUUUAAAGAAGGAACAAUUGGGCACAUUGCUUUUGUCCACCGCGUAAAUAAUGAGGGGGAUGGCGAUCCUUUUUAUGAAACUGUCGGCUUGGUUACUUUAGAAGAUGUAAUUGAAGAACUAAUUCAAGCCGAAAUUGUUGACGAAACUGAUGUUUUUGUUGAUAACCGUACAAAAAUUAAAAGAAAUCGAUAUAAAAAAUCGGACUUUUCAGCCUUUGCCGAACGUCGUGAAGUGCAAGCCGUUCGGAUUUCUCCUCAAUUAACACUGGCUACUUUCCAGUACUUGAGCACCGCUGUCGAUGCUUUUAAAAAAGAUGUUAUUUCGGAGCCCAUUUUGCGAAGAUUACUUAAUCAAGACGUGUUUCACAACAUUAAAACCAAAGCAAAAAGUAAAGACGAUCCAAGCCUUUACAUUUUCACUCAAGGAAAAUCUGUCGACUUUUUUGUACUUAUUUUGGAGGGUAGGGUGGAAGUUACGAUUGGCAAGGAAGCACUUAUGUUUGAAAGUGGCCCGUUUACCUAUUUCGGAACACAGGCUUUGGUGCCAAAUGUAGUGAUCGACUCUCCAACACAAAUGGGAUCAUUGCAAUCGUUAAAUAUGGAUUCAAAGAUUCGACAAUCUUUUGUACCUGAUUACCCCGUUCGUGCUAUAUCUGACGUGAUUUACAUUGCAAUCAAAAGGGUUUUAUACCUUACGGCAAAAAAAGCUACAUUAUUGGAAAAAAGUCGUAAAUCAGGAACAUUUUCAAAUGAGACAUUUGAUGACGAAGUGGAACGUUUAUUACACUCUAUAACAGAAGAUGAAAAAACACCAUUCCUUUUACCAAAUCAAUAUACAAAGCGUCAAUCCUUAACUAACCGGAGCGGAAAUUCUUCCCCUUCGAAUACGGAUUUAUCUCACGACGAGAGAAACAAUAGUGCCAGCAAACACAUUCAAGGUGAUCGAAAGAUAAACAACCCAGAGCAAAUGGAUAAUGAUUCAAUAAGUAGUAGUUUAGUUGCUUCAGAAGUAGACGAUCAUCAAAGUGAAAGGCGCGGUAACAGAUAUAAGACAGCAGCUUCUAUACCACUUUUGCCAAAGCAAGGUGAUAUAUCCGAAAAUAAGCAAACUAAGCCCCAAUAACUGCAGAAAGUUAACCAAAUUUGGUGUAUUAUUAAGUGAAAAUAAUUAUAUUAUAAAUUCAAAGCCCUUAUAGAUACAUUAAAAAAUUGUCUAAUUCACUUUCUUAUUCAACCCUCAUUUUUGCACGAAAAUGUUUGACUAACUGAGCCCUCCUAUAGUAAUAAAAUCAAUAAAUGCCUAUUCGGGGGUAGUAAAACAAAUAUAUAAAUACCAUCAAUAUUUGAUUAUAUAUUUAUAUUUAUUUUUAAUAUAUAUUGUUGCCUCGUAAAUAACGUACUUAAGAAGUCAUGUCAUCAUGCCGCUAAUUUCAGUUUUUUUUUUGUUCAUUUUUCGUGAAGUUGCUUUAGGAAUGACUCAACGAUAUGUUUAAGACGUCAGUCAAAUAAAAUGUAAUACUGCUUUACUAAAACUUAAAUGCGUUUGUAAACACAGCCACAUUGGUGUAUACCCUUGCAUUGCUUAAAUAAAAAUAUCCAAAAUGUUAUUUUGUUUAAACUUGAGUGCUUAAUAUCACAAUUCACUUAAUAAAAACAGAAACUUCCUUAUAUAAUUUUUUCUGGGUGGCUAAUCUUUUUUUCAGCUACAUUUGCUUCUGAAUUCAUUAAAAUAAUCAGUUAUUUAAAAACCUAUAAUUGUAUACUAUAUUAAUAUGUCGAGUAAGUAAAAAUUAAAAAUGUUAAUAAUCUAAACCAAAAGUGACUUUCGUUAGAUUUGCUUUAAAAAUGAAUUGUAAAUACUGUAUUAAAUGUAUGUUAUUACGUGUAAUUUGUUUCAUGUAAAAAAUAAAACAAACUAUAUUGAGUUUA